AUGUCGCUCAAGCGAAAAGCUCUCGAAGACGCCAGUGCACGAUCAUCCAAGCGAUCAACUCCUGUUCCAUCUACCCCCAUCAGCCUUGAUAGUGAUGAUGACUACGAGGGCUCUGACGCACGAUCGCAAGAUGCCAGUGACAGCGAGAAAGAACAUAUUCGCAAAGCCCGGGCGCGGCUGGAUUUCAGUUCGUUUCAAGGCUCCAAGCAAAAAUCCAAGCCCUCCAUAUUUGGCGAGAAAGAUUUUUCAUGGCUGUCAUUGAAGCCUGAUCACGAAAAUCGACCUUUAUGGAUAGAUCCGAAUGUGUCAAUGGGAUCGAAGAAAGGCCCCAAAAUCACCCUUGAGAGCUUCUCUCCCUUGGCUGCUCAAGCCACGGAUCUGCUUACUACUAUCGCAGAACCACAGUCGAGACCGUCAUAUCUCCAUGAGUAUAGAUUUACGGAGCAUAGUUUGUAUGCGGCGCUAUCGGUAGGUCUACGUGGUGAAGACAUAAUACGUGCUCUAGAAAAGUUGUCCAAAACCCCCGUUCCUCAAACCGUGAUCGAUUUCAUCAACAGACACACCAAAACAUACGGAAAGGUGCGAUUGGUCUUGCGAAACAACAAAUUUUACGUCGAAUCCGACGAACGGCCCAUCAUCGACAUGCUCUUGAGGGAUCCAGUGAUCGGACCUUGCAAAGCCGCCGGCACUGAUGUACAAGUCGGAAGAAUCCAAACCAAGGCCACGGUCAUUCAGGGAACCAGCAAUGCCAAGGGAAUGAAACAAGCAGACCAAGGGCAUGUUGAAAUGCCUCGAGACGAUCCGACAAGAGAGAAUGAGGCCAUGAUCGCGGCGCUCAGAGAUGAGGAAGACGAAGAAGACACCUUCAAGGAAGCACCCAACUUCGAGAUAGCACCGAACAAACGGGACACGGUGGCCAAACAGUGCCUUGAUAUUGGAUAUCCCGCCAUAUCUGAAUAUGACUUUGCCGAUGAUCACGAAAAUGCCACCCUGCCAAUCGACUUGAGACCAUCUACACAAAUUCGACCCUACCAGGAGAAGGCACUUAGCAAGAUGUUUGGCAACGGUCGAGGUAAGAGUGGUAUUAUAGUCUUGCCUUGUGGGGCCGGCAAAACUCUAGUGGGAAUCACUGCCGGUUGUCAUAUCAAGAAAAGCAUCGUGGUCCUGUGCACGAGCGCCAUGUCCAGUUAUCAGUGGGCCAAUGAGUUUAAGAAAUGGUCUGAUAUCAAGGAAGAAGACAUUGCUGUAUUCUCAGCCUCGGAAAAAAGAAGAUUCAAUGGAGGUGCCGGUGUGCUGGUCACUACCUACUCCAUGAUUACGGCCGGUGGCAAGCGAGCCUAUGACACACAGCAGAUGAUGGACUGGGUGUAUGGCAAAGAGUGGGGUUUAAUGAUCUUGGAUGAGGUUCAUGUGGUGCCGGCCAAGAUGUUCAGAAAAGUGGGUGAGAACAUUCGUGCCCACUGCAAGCUGGGUCUUACGGCCACAUUGCUCCGUGAAGACGACAAAAUCACCGAUCUCAAUUUCAUUAUUGGACCUAAACUCUACGAAGCCAACUGGAUGGAACUCGCCGAUCAAGGCCAUAUUGCCAAAGUUCAAUGUGCCGAAGUAUGGUGUCCAAUGUCAAUGGAAUUUUAUCAGGAAUAUCAAAAAGAAACGAGCCGGAAACAGGCACUUUACUACAUCAUGAACCCCGUCAAAUACCAAGUCUGUCAAUACCUCAUCGAUUAUCACGAAAAGAGAGGCGACAAGAUCAUUGUCUUCAGUGACAAUUUGUUUGCACUGCAACACUAUGCCGUGUCGAUGAAAAGACCAUUUAUUUAUGGUGACACCAGCAAUCAAGAACGUAUCAACAUUCUCGAAAACUUCCAACACAACGAAUUAAUCAACACCAUCUUCCUAUCGAAGAUUGGCGACACGUCGCUCGACUUACCGGAAGCAACCUGCUUGAUUCAGAUCUCUUCGCACUAUGGCUCUCGGCGUCAAGAAGCACAACGAUUAGGGCGCAUUCUAAGAGCCAAGCGGCGUAACGACGAGGGGUUUAAUGCAUUCUUCUAUUCGCUGGUCUCGAAGGAUACAACCGAAAUGGCGUACAGUGCAAAACGACAAGCCUUCCUCGUUGAUCAAGGGUAUGCCUUCAAAACCAUUACACAUCUUGCCGGCAUGACAGAAAUGCCUGGCCUGGCAUAUACCACGGCUCGCGAGCGCAACGAGCUGCUUGCCCACGUUAUGUUGCAACAGGAGACGGCGGCCGAUGUUGAGAAGAUUGACGAUAACAUGUGGAGUCAUCUCAGUGGAGGCAGUCGUUCUGCAGCAGCGGCAAAGGCCAGAGCUAAGAAAUUGCAGGUUCGCAGACAGGCCGUGCUGAUGGCUGAUGCGAGUGGUGGCGGAACCAUGGCACCUAUGUAUAGGGAACAAGAACGUAAGAGCAAGAAAAGUCAAAUGCCCGAGAGUGAAUGGUUUAGAAGGGAAGCCAGGCGAAGAGAGCUGGCAGCAAAGAAGAGGAAGAAGGAGAGAAUGGAGGCUGAGAAAGCCGCUGGAGGUGCAUAG